AUGGUUCUGAUGGACUUCGUUCCCCAAACGGACUCGUCUUCGAGAUCUCAAAGCUGCUCUGAAGCAGAAUCUCCGACACAGUCCUCCAAGAAGCGACAACGAGCAUCUCUGACGAACGAAGACAUCAUCGCCGCAAUCAAAGGAGCAACACGGUCCCGACGAAAGCCACGCAUUGCCAACAAAACGCCACUCACUGCGACUCAUGAACUUCGUCUGUUGAGAGCGCAAGUGGCUUCCAUGGAACAGGAACUCCGCGGUCUGCAGUCCAAAUGGAAUCAACAGCUACCAGACAAGCGCGUACUGACCUCAGCUCAGCGUACCGCCUGUAAGAAACGCGAAGUCGCUGUGACCGAGGCGGCACACGCUGAGCUCCAGGAGGUGCAUCUACAACAGCAACUGAUGUUCGCUACGCUCCAGGCGGCUAUUCUUCGUGCUCCGCUUCACUCUAGCGGCCAGGACAUCCUCAAGUCGCUACACUUCGACACUCGCUUCGGGCGCGAUCCGGAGGAGCGUAGUAGGAUGCUGAGCGCUCAUAACGAACGCUCCCUCGCUACGGUACCGUCAAUGAUGAACCGGCUUACGCAAAUGGCAGUCAACAAAGUACUUGCGCUUCAAGACGAAGCCCAAGGGAGUAAAUCGAUACUACCGAUUUCACAGAUUGACAUCACCGGCUGCAAGGACUACACGCUGGUUACCAGUGUCUUUAUGUCAGAGAUUCCGCAUAAUUCAGUAGAAGACGUGUAUGCUGCGGCGUUAGCCUAUCACGACGCCAUUCCUGCUACAAUGAAGCGUCACUUCGGUGUUGAUGCGACGCGUACGAGGCUUAACAAGGCCGACGCACCAGCAGCUUACUGGCGAUUGACACUUGACGGAGUGGGACUGCCAGCGAAUGUGAACCACAUCUUGUGCUCCGAGCUAACGCCUUCGCAUGGGGUGAUUCACAUGGACGCCGUAUUGGACGAUCCGCUGUAUCCAACUUCCCAGCCAAGUGCACUGGAGUUCGGUAUCUCUGGUCUCACAAUGACGCCGCGGAAAGAUCCAUUGACGGGAAGAACUGUGGCUGUGACGCUAAGAUGGGUGGUCUUGUACCGCUACAAGUUGUUCCCGGAUGACCCUGCCCUCAAAAAGGACCUGGAGAUCAUUCGUCCCAUUCUGAAUGGCGAUCUCAUCACGGCGUCAGUGUGCGGUUAUAUUCACGAACUCCAGCAGAAACAAAGCCCGCGCAGCUAG